AUGACAGAUGACAGAUAGAGUAGAAGAGUAGAAAUGGCUGUUUGUUAUUUAAGAUAGAGGCAUCAUAUAAAUAAUAAAAAAGAAGAAGACAAAACGUCAAAGUUAAAUAAAUGGCGACUUGUGAUAUUUGAAUUAAGCCGAAAAAGAUGAUCGCUUUAUCGAAGUUUUGCCGUUCCUCCGCAUUUACCGCACCGCUAAAAACGUUCCUAACAUCACAAACGAGGAGUAUACGAAGCCCCCAAUGCAGAUUUUACACCACUCCGUUCUCCAGGGCGAAGUUUGCGCCGCAAAACCUAAGGGCGGGUAAUUUACUCAGAGGAAGCGGAACGAUCGCCCUGAAGUUGAGCUCGGACGCCGCGAAGAGCAAAAAAGCCGUGGGUUACUGGUUAUUAUCGUGCAGCGGAAUGGUGUUCGUAGCGGUCGUAUUAGGUGGUGUUACGAGACUAACGGAAUCGGGUCUUUCGAUGGUUACAUGGAAAUUAUUGGGUGAAAAAAUGCCACGAACCGAAACCGAAUGGCUAGAAGAGUUCGAAAGGUACAAGCAGUUUCCGGAAUACAAAAUCAAGAACAAAAACAUGACUUUGGGCGAGUUCAAGUUUAUAUGGCACAUGGAGUACGGGCACAGGCAAUGGGGUAGAAUCAUCGGAGCCUUUUUCCUGUUACCGGCGGCGUAUUUUUGGGCCAGAGGUAGAUUGACUCCGUCGUUGAAGAAGAGAGUGUUGAUGUUCGGUUCGUUGAUUGGAGCGCAGGGUUUGAUGGGUUGGUAUAUGGUGAAGUCUGGUUUAGAGGAUCGUUUUCAUGGGGUAAACGACGUACCGAGAGUGUCUCAAUACAGGCUAGCUAGUCAUUUGACUUUAGCUUUCGUGCUAUAUGGUACAUUUUUGCGUACGGCUUUGGAAAUUCUCGCGCCGGCUCAAAGUAUCGUUUCGAAUAGUAAGACGGUACUAUCGGCGUAUAGGAAGUUUAGAAUUUUAGCGCAUUCCGCUAAAGGUUUGGUAUUUAUAACGGCCAUUUCGGGAGCGUUCGUGGCCGGUUUGGACGCCGGUUUGGUGUACAAUUCGUUCCCUAAAAUGGCGGAUAAAUGGAUUCCGGACGAUAUUUUGGCGUUGACGCCGAAAUUGUGCAAUUUUACCGAAAAUCCAACGACGGUGCAGUUCGAUCACAGGAUAUUGGGUACCACCACGUUGAGUAUUAUAACGAUACUUUAUAUCUUAUCGAAGAAACGCGUGCUGCCGCCUAAAGCCUACAAGGCCGCUACCGCUUUAGCAGCGUUGGCCUACUUACAAGUCGCUUUAGGGAUAACGACUUUGCUGACGUAUGUUCCGGUCAGUAUAGCAGCUUCGCAUCAAACCGGUUCUUUGGCUGUCCUAUCGGCUGCCAUUUGGCUGACGCACGAGUUGAAAAAAUUACCCAAAUAGAUUAAUAACUUUUUUUUAUUUAGAAUAAACAUAAAUGCAAUAAAUUUCGUAACAAACUUUUAUUUUUUUUGUUCACUUAUAAAUGUAUUUUUUUGUAUUUACACACUGAUACUAUUAUUUAUAAAAAAAAACUCUCAAAAAUUAUUCGUUCUCGAUAAGAAAAAAGUGCGCGCAGAAAGAACGUUCGAUGGCUUUUCGUUCUUUCUCGUUUUAUGAAUUUUACUAAUCUAUUGUUUUCGAAAAAUUUUAAUUUCUUUAUUGUUCUACUAUAUUAUGAUAGUAACCAGUCUUUGAAUUGAAUUGAAUAUCUAUAAAAGCGAGUAUUUUUUGUAUUAUAUUUUGAAAAAUUUGACGUGUUUUUGUGAUAUGAUUCAAUCGAAAUGUUGCAACAUAGGAUGAUUUUUCUUUAUUAGCUUUUUUUCUAUUAACAAAAAAAAAUCAUCCUACCUUAUUUAUAAACAAAAUUCAAACUGUUUAGAACCCAUUCGGUACACAAAAUCGUUAUCGCACUCACGUGAUACAAGAAUAAUUCCGGUGGUUUGAUAAAAUUGCACGAAAAUUAAACGAAAGGAAACGCUCGAAAGGCUUCUCUUAAUAAAUUACAUAAUGAGUAUAUUACGUUUUCAAAACAGAUUAUUUAUUACUUAACGAAAACGUCAAGCCGAUAAAACACGACCCUAUCACUUAUUUUUAUCAUCGUUAAAAUAAACCUAUGCAGUCGACUUCCUUAACUUACUAAUUAAAAACGAAAACUAUUAUAAUAAAAUGUACAAAGUUGAAAUAAUUUUGCAUAUACUAAAAAGCCGCACAUUUUUUUUUUCAUAAAUAUCCAAACGAUUACCAACGGAAAUAAAUCAU